CUGACGGCCAUCGUUCCGUACUUUAGCUGUAAGUGCGCGGGUGCCUGUUGCAACUUGCAACUCGUAAACGGCGAGGGACCGAAGUGGGGGACACCAAUUUUCAAGUUAUCACAAACGAACACUAUAAUAAGCUCUUUGUCUAUGUAUGUAAGUUGUCUCCUAAUCCCUAUAAACGGUGGGUAUUCGCGGAUAGAUAUAAUAUUACUAAAUUACAAUAAGUAAACAUUAUGUAACUAAAUUAUUAUUUUUAUACUUGAUUAUUGUAAAAUUUCGAAUAAUUAAAUUUAUAGUUAAUAAUAGUAGUAAGUACCAUUGAUUAAAUAUUUAAUCAAUGUAAGUAGGUAUAAAGUAGACACCAUCCAAUCACUCCCCGAGGUACGACACGAGACGGCACACCGCACACUGCAAACUAGUGCAAAGUCAAUAGUCAAUACUAUAGUCGGCGUGCACUGUGCAUUGAGAUUCAACAUCAGGUGUAAUGUCAGUAAAAGAAAUGGAUGCCUUACAGAUUUCAUCAUGUGAAAACUAUAUAAAGCCAGUUUUGAAAUCCAAUGAAAGUGCACCAACACAUUUCAGAAAUAACUUUCACUCUGUUAGAAUACUAGAAGACUUACAAUCUCUACGCAAAAAUGAAGUUUUUUGUGAUAUUAGAUUUGAAACAGAUGACGGUACUUUAGUAUUUGGACAUAAAAAUGUUCUAAUUGCAGCUAGUCCAUAUUUCCGAGCAAUGUUUGAUCAUUUUGAUGAGAGCAAUAAAGAUCUUGUUAAUAUAAGAGAAUUAGAUUCCUUAGUUUUACAAAUAUUAGUAGAUUAUAUUUAUACUGGUGAAUUUAUAGCCACAAAAGAAAAUGUACAGGUAUUGUUACCAGCAGCAAACAUCUUACAGUUAGAUUUUGUAAGUGCUGCAUGUGCUGAGUUCUUAGAAAAACAACUUGAUGCAUCAAAUUGUCUUGGUAUCUGGGCGUUUGCUGACUUACAUAACUGUACGGAUUUGUUAUCAAGUUGUGAAGCAUUCAUUAAAAAACAGUUUUUGGAAGUGGUUAAAACUGAUGAUUUUCUAUCAUUGUCUUCUGAAGAUAUGGUUAAGAUUAUCUCCUGUAAUGACCUUGCUAUUCCACAUGAAGAAAAAGUAUUCGAAAGUGUUGUGAAAUGGGUAAAACAUGAUUUGAAUUUGAGAAAAGAUGUUCUGCCAGAAUUAUUGGAACAUGUACGUCUGCCAACAUUAGCAUCUAAACCUGAUAUAUUAUUUAAUAUAGUAAAUGAACCUCUUCUAAAGAAUAAUCCUAAAUGUAACAAAUAUGUUCUUGAAGCAUUCAAUUUUAUUCUUCAAAAAUCAUUUCAGCAUUUCACUAUUCCACAAACAAUUAGGUGUAAAUCUAGACAGUUUGGUGGUUCUCAAAAAGUUAUUCUAAUGUUCAAUCAGUAUGAUACAUCGCCAAAGUGUUAUACAGAAUGGUAUGACCCAGCAACCAUGCUAAGAGAGAUUGCACCAGGAUUAAAUGAAUGCCGGAAGUUUGCUGGUUUUGGUGUAAUUAGUGAUCAAUAUGUGUUUGCUGUGGGAGGUGUAAAUGGAUCGAGUUCUAUGUCUGUUAGUAUGCUUGAUGUAUCAUCACAAUGGCCCUCAUGGGUUCCGAUGGCCGACAUGUUAAUUAGUAGAAGGCAAUCGGGAGUUGGAGUAUUAGGUGAUUCCAUAUAUGCAGCUGGCGGAUGUGACGGCAACAGUACUGUAAAAAGUGUAGAGGUUUUCGAUGUCAGUACCCAAAAAUGGAGAAUGGUGUCUAGUAUGACAAUUGAGAGACGUAAAUUUGGCGUUGGUGUACUCAAUAAUCGUCUAUAUGCAGUUGGGGGUACUUCUAAUGGUAGAGAUGGUUUGAAAUCAGUGGAAUAUUAUGAUCCUUCACUUGACACAUGGACCCCGGUUGCAGAUAUGUCUGAGAAGCGUUAUGGUGUUGGCGUAGGAGUCUUGGACAAUCUUAUGUAUGCUAUUGGUGGCUAUGGUGGAGAGUAUCUUAAAAGUGUUGAGGUUUAUAGACCAAGUGAUGGAGUUUGGUCGUCUGUAGCUGAUAUGCAUUUCUCUCGAUACAGGCCUGGAGUUGCCACAUUAGAUGGUUUAUUGUAUGUUAUUGGCGGAAAAAAUGGUACGCUUGUUGAUAAUGUAGAAAUUUACAACCCAAACACCAAUACUUGGACCAUCAAGUUGUCAGGAAGCGGAUUACUAAUUUAUGGCGGAGUAGUCGUUGAUAGACCACAUAAUUAUCAUUAAUCAGCCUACAGUAGUACUCAUUAUUAAUAGUAAUAUGAACAUAUUUUUGUAUACAUUAUGGUAACACAUGUAUUGUUCUACACAUUUUUGUUUUUUUGAUUAUUUGAAGAGAAUGUUUUUUUAUAAUUUGUACUGACUAUUUUCAAAUAAAAUAAAUA